UUCUUCUUCGAGAUCGUGAAAAUUAGUUCUACUCAGAAGUUUUGUGACUUACUUUCGUGGUUUUUCGACGUCAUAGGCGAAAAUGUUCGAUGCAUAAUUGCGAAUAAAGUUUCUGAACUCGUCUAUGAAAGCUGCAAAACCAAUUCAGUUGAAAAUAUUCAAUGGGCCCUGAAUUUUUCCAAGAAAGUUGGAACUUUAGAAGAACAAAUGGGGAAAAUUUACUCAGACGACAACACCUUGUUGACAUUGAUAUGUCGCAAAAAGGACGCGGAUUCGAAAGCAUUGGAAAUCCUAUUGCAUGCAGGGUUUCCAGAAGAAUUCCUUCUUUACAAAGUUGAAGGCAAGAAUGCUUUGGCGUGGGCUAAGGAAUCGGGAAACUUGAAAAUUGAACAAGCGCUUCUCGGAACCGACGAGAGAAAACGCAUUUUUGAAAAGCCAGAGAAAGAACAAGAAAACAGAGACGAGCUGAUUCAACUGGAGCGCGAACUGGCAAGCAAAUCUCCCGACUUCAAACAACUGGUCACGGAAAUUGAACAAUUGCAGAAAGACACUCCUAACUGCUGGACCGACUCACUGAGCUCAAAAUCCACCUCUUUACUUGAGCUGCUAAUUGAUAUCCAACAACAACUGAAAAUCAGAAAAUUGAUUUCUGAACAACCUAAAGAGAUUUCAGAUACAAUCCUGGCUUCAUUCGCGCGAUUGCAGAAACUUCACGGGUUUCUGAGAGUGAAAGCAAAAACUUCGAAAGGACAGCAAAAAUUGGGCGAGUUGAAAUUAACAGAGGGCGAAGAAAAACACUUCGCAAAAGUACUGGAAAGCGUGGAAAACGACAUUAUGAGGUUGAAAAAAGAUCUCGGGCAAUAGAAACUUCAGCUUAGAGAAAUGAAAAAGAUAAAUAUCUAUAAAUUACAAUGAUAUAUUGAGGAUUCGUAGGUAAAUUUGUUGGCUCUUCUACCGUUCCCCCUCUUGCAAAAUUCUGUAUUUUAAAUUUUUGCUGCUUGUCCAGUUCUCAUUAUUCUAUUAAAACCCCUCUUGUUAUGUGUACAACUUUCAGAAAUUAUUGGUUACAUAGUACAUUUGAUAUUUGUAUCUCGUGGUUGGGGCGGGGGAGGUGAAAGCAAAAUCGCCUAUUAAACUCCCAGGACAUUUUACAUUAUGUCGAUUUAAGCAAUAUAUUAUUUGAGCCAAAAAAGCUAAAAAGCUUAUAUUGAUUUCAGUAUAAGGCUCAAAGAUGUAUGAAAAAAAAUUCAUAGAAAAAAAUGUCCUGAAUCAGAAUUCUUACUAAAAUUCAAUCGUUCGCAUUUAUUUUGUAUUGUACGUUAUUAAAAUUUUGUGUUUCCACAAAAGUCUGAAUAACUUGAUUAUUAUAACCAGAUAAUCCUACAUAGGAUUAUUAAUUAUUUCAUCAAACCAUUUAAUUGAUUAAAUCAUUCUUUGCAGCAAUUUUUAAUUUGUCAUUUAAUUUGUUGAAGAGAAAACUAGAGGAAAGGGCAUCCAUAAACCACAGCUUAAAUUAACAAUAAAUUAUUCGUUGAUUAGAAGUCAGUGUCAUGGUAAAAGUGCUUUUUGAAAUCCCAGGACAAUUUACAUUA